UCCAAUCAAUUACAUUUAGGCUUUAGGCCUAUUAGCUGUAGAUUGCAACUCAACCAUAUACAUGACCGUGUAAGUUCUUGAACCUUAUCUCCGAGCUCCAGCCAUCUACCCAUUUGUGCUUGUGUAGUGUGGGAGAGAGUAGGCAUGUGCCAGCAUGGGGGGUUUUCCACUGCAGUCACGAUCGAGACUCCUCUGCACCAUCUGUGUCACAUUUGGCCUCCAACUGCAACCUCAUCAUUUCCACAGGAUGUUCUCGUCUGUGAAGGCCUUCGAGGGGCAGCAGUACUCCACCCUGAAGAGGCAGUGCCUUGCCAGCGGCCUGCUGUUCGAGGACCUGCGCUUCCCCGCAGUGGAUGACACCCUCUUUUACCAGGGCAACAGGAUCGGACGUGUGCACUGGAAGAGACCCCGGGAGCUCUGUGAGGACCCUCACCUGUUUGUGGAUGGGAUCAGUGCGCACGACCUGCACCAGGGCCAGUUGGGAAACUGCUGGUUUGUGGCGGCGUGCUCCAGCCUGGCCUCCAGAGAGUCCCUGUGGUCCAAAGUCAUCCCAGACUGGAAGGAGCAGGAGUGGGACACAGAGACGCCUGAGGCAUAUGCCGGAAUCUUCCACUUCCGCUUCUGGCGCUUUGGCGAGUGGGUGGACGUGGUGAUUGACGACCGGCUGCCCACGGUGGACAACCAGCUGGUCUACUGCCACUCAGAUGACAGUAACGAGUUCUGGAGCGCACUGGUGGAGAAGGCCUAUGCGAAAGUAUACGGCUGCUACGAGGCCCUGGACGGUGGGAAUACGGCGGAUGCACUGGUGGACUUCACAGGGGGUGUGUCGGAGCCUAUGGACCUGCUGGAGGGCCAGAUGGCCACGGACGAGGUGGCCCGCAACCAGCUGUUUGAGAGGGUACUGAAGGUCCACAACCGGGAUGGCCUCAUCAGCUGUUCCAUCCGGGCAACCACUGUGGAGGACAUGGAGGCGCGGCUGGACUGCGGCCUGGUUAAAGGUCACGCAUACGCGGUGACGGAUGUGAAGAAGGUGCGUCUGGGCCAGGGCCUGCUGGCCUUCUUCAAGUCAGAGAAGCUCAACAUGAUCCGCAUGAGGAACCCAUGGGGAGAGAAGGAGUGGAGCGGGCCCUGGAGUGACAGCUCAGAUGAGUGGAAGAAGGUGAGCAAGAGUGAGAGAGAGAAGCUGGGUGUCACCGUGCAGGACGACGGAGAGUUUUGGAUGACGUUUGAUGACUUCUGCCAGUACUUCACAGACCUGAUCCUGUGCCGCCUCAUCAACACCUCCUACCUGAGCAUCCACAAGACCUGGGAGGAGGAGGUAAUGAGGGGCUCAUGGGUCCCCCGCCAAGAUCCCCUGAGGAACCGCUCUGGGGGCUGCAUCAACCACAAGGCUACCUUCCUGCAGAACCCACAGUUUGUGUUUGAUGUGAAGAAGGUAGAGGACGAGGUGUUGAUCGCCCUGCAGCAGAAGGAGAGGAGAGCCACCACCAAAGAGGGCAAAGGAGAUAACCUGGCCAUAGGCUUUGACAUUCACCGGGUGGAACUGAACAGAAAGUACCGCAUGCACACGUCCCAGCAGAAGGUGGCGGGCUCCAUCUACAUCAACUCGCGCUGCGUCUUCCUCAGGAAGGAGCUCAAAGAGGGUCGCUACGUCAUCAUCCCCACGACUUUUGACCCCAGGCAGCAGGGUGACUUCCUGUUGCGGGUCUUCACCGACGUGCCUUCAGACUGCAAAGAGUUGAACCUAGACGAGCCCCCCCAGACGUGUUGGACGGGCAUGUGUGGUUACCCCCAGCUGGUCACCCAGGUCCACGUUCUGAGUGCAGAGGGACUCCAGGGCCAGGACUCUAAUGGGGCCUCUGACCCGUACGUCAUCAUCACCUGUGAGGGGGAGCGGGUGCGCUCACCGGUGCACAAGGACACACGGAGCCCCAACUUCGACGUCAAAGGCCUGUUCUACCGCAAGAAGCCCAAGGAAGGCAUCCACAUUGAGAUCUACAAUAAGAAUGUGAUUGUGGAUACCUUCCUGGGUCAGGUGACCCUGUCCAGUGACCCGAACGACCGGCAGGUGCAGCACACGCUCCACCUGCGCGACAAGGGCAAUCGCCAAGACAACGACCUCCCAGGCACAGUCACCGUGCGCCUCAUCACCUGCACCACACUCAUCAACAUAUGACGUCCCUUCCGUCUCCGCUCUCGCCAUGGAAUGUCGGAGCUUUACCUUUGACCUUUGUCGUCAUGGCAACCCUUUGCCUCCCCCUCCCCUCCCCACCCCACCACUAAACCAAGCAUGGCAAUUAACCUGUUAACCCUGGGAUCUAGCUCCACCUGACCCGGGGCUCCCCUAAACAUAUACAGACACAGCUUGGUGUCUUUUUUUCUCUUUCUCUUUCUCUCUCUCUCUCUCUCGCUCUCUCUCUCGCUCUCUCUCUCUUGCUCUCUCCCCCCUCUUUCUCUCUCUCACACACACACACACACACACACACACACACACACACAGGCCGUGUCUGAAUACCUGUACUUGCAUUCUAAAUAGUAGGCUGAGUAUGCGAAAAUAGAAAGUUUCAUAGUAUUUGACAAACAGUAUGCUUUAAAACUUAGUGUGCUUUAAUUGCCAGGAUGCCAUACUGAUUUCAUUUUGUCAUCUAGUAUAAUUUGCUGCACACUAUUGAGGCAGAGAAGCAUAACUUCAGACACACGUGUGAUUGACAACAGCUGAUAAUAAUCUAUUCAUCAGAAAAGAGGACAGGCUGUACCAAAAUGAACGAAUAGCGGGAACUAACUGAUUAGAUGACGCAUUCUCAGUGUGGGUGAGUCUAGUAUGCUGAUAUGUUCCUUACUGCAUACAUAUACUAAACAGUACAUUCUUAAUAGUAUUGUAGCAUGAUUAGCACACAGUAUUUAGUUUUAGUAAGUAGUAGACAAGACAGAUUUCAGAAACAACCACACAGUCCUAUCUCUCUACAUGCCUUCAACUCUCCCACACACACAUUCCUUUUAACAUGCGCCUGCACUCCCCAGUGUCACUAAGGGCUAUGCAUCGCCUUAAGGCUGAGUGGGUCUCUUUAGGACCCUGUGUCUUUUUAGGACCAGCCAUAUGUCGGGUGGGAGGGGGUCAUGGUAUUGGGUGGUAUACUGGGACCCUCUAUCCAUCCUAUUCGCUGAGUGUUUUUUACUCUGUCUCUUGACUGAUGUCGCAGCCCCAUUGUAGUCCCAGAAAGACCAUAUUAUCAGCCGUUACUGUUUCUUCCAUCAGUGACUGGGUGUCAUUCGGGAUGCAACCUCUGUCUAUCAUCCACUUUCUAUAGUCCCCACAAAACAAGCCAACUACCAAGAAAGUGACGCCAAAAGCACCGAUGACCUCCCGUGGGGGGGCUGCUGGUGUUUAUGUGAGUGUAGCCUUGCCUCCUUCCAUCCCAUCCAUCCCCCUUUCCUCCUCCCACUCCCCUCGGACUACGCUUCUGCCGGUUGCCAUGGACGAUAUCGAGUUUAGCAUGGCUAAAAAAGACUGCCUGCAUUGCACACACACACACACACACACACACACACACACACACACACACACACACACACACACACACACACACACACGUAGCUUAGCUGUGGAGCUCCGCCUGCCAUAAUCAAGUGCUUUACGGGACCAAAGACAGAUCAGGCUUUCCCUUCUCUCUCUCUCUCUUGCCGGCGCCAGUCGCCACUGUGCCACGUCAAUCGGUCUUCUCUAUGGCAACGCCACUGCCUGACACUUCCUGAGUCCAGGGACUCCUGUCAUGUGACCUGGGCUUUCGACUUGUGGGCCUUUGAAUCAUGUGACCCAAGAAACAGUAGCUGUUGUCCCUCUGUCUGCAUAAAUCAGUUGUGUGUGUGUGUGGAGGGGGGGGGGGUGAGUGUGGGUUGGGUGUGCAUGUUUGCGAACAUACAUUUAUACGUGUGUUAUGUCUGUGCCUUUGGACACAUCAUGCACCUCACUUAGUUCUGACGGGCUCACGGGCUUGGCUGGAUAUAGGGAUGAGUGGAAGAAGAGAGAGAGCGAAGGACGGAGAGAAGAGCGGGAGGAAAUCCGUCUGUCGACUCCUGCCAAAAACAACCUGUGCCAUAGCCUUGGUCCUGGCUCUGACUCUGUUAUGAUUCUAUACUGUUCCAGAAAGAAACACAGACAUUUUGGAUUAGCAUCACUGUAAACUCAGUGCUAUUUGAAAUGGUAGUUUGAAAAGUGUGGCUUUUUGUCUUGCCAAGACUGAGAGAGACUGUCUUCAUACAGAACCAUCACUAGUACAAACAGUUAGCAUAUCUUCUCAUGUAGGUCAUGUCGCGCUCUUUUGACCUGCUUUCCACAGGCUAAUUAUCUCAAUCUUUGACAGUGGCAAGCAUUGGAGAUAAAAGAGAUGCAAGCCCCAUACGCUAUGUUGUCAUGUUGAGUAUCUUUUCAAAAGUGUUAUAUGAUUGCAGAGACUUUUGGAGAGCAGGAUCUGAUAGUAUGUCUGUGUACGUCUUUUUAAAAUCAUUUAUUGUUUACAGCAUCGUCGAGAGGAUCAGUCAAGAAACAACGACAGAUCAGUUGUGAAUCAUUCCCAAGACAUUUCUUUUUUGAAUGUAAUGCGGAGAGCAUCAACCAAUCUCUCUGUUUAUCAAACCAUCAAGCCCUUUUACUUGUUUACUUGUGUUUUUUCCAGCGCCUUUUUUUCAUUACUUGAACAACAAUGGCAUUUGUACAUUUUUCAAAACUUUUAUUGUCACAUUUGUUUAAUUAUACUGAACAAAAAUAUAAACGCAAAAUGCAAUAAUUUCAACGAUUUUACUGAGUUACAGUUCAUAUAAGGAAAUCAGUCAACUUAAAUCAUUGGAGGCUGGUGGAGGGAGCUAUACGAGGACGGACACAUUGAAAUGGAAUGAAUGAAAUGGAGUCAAACAUGUGGUUUCCAUAUGUUUGAUGUGUUUGAUACCGUUCCAUUUAUUCUAUAGGAGCCCGUCCUCCUAUAGCUCCUCCCACCAGCCUCCACUAAUUUAAAUACAUUAAUUAGGCCCUAAUCUAGGGAGUUCACAUCUUUGCAGGGACGCAGCCAUUGGUGCGCCUGGGAGGGCAUAGGCCCAUCCACUUAGGAGCCAGGCCCACCCACUGGGGAGUCCACAAAAGGGCUUUAUUACAGACAGAAAUACUCCUCAGUUUCAUCAGCUGUCUGGGUGACUGGUCUCAGACGAUCUCGCAGGUGAAGAAGCCAGGAGGUCCUGGGCUGGUGUACACGUGGUCUGUGGUUGUGUUGCAGGUUGGACGUACUGCCAAAUUCUCUAAAACGAUAUUGGAGGAGGCUUAUGGUUGAGAAAUUAAUAUUAAAUUCUCUGGCAACAUCUCUAGGGAACAUUCCUGCAGUCAGCAUACCAAUUGUACGCUCCCUUAAAACUUGAGACAUCUGUGGCAUUGUGUUGUGUGACAAAACUUCACAUUUUAGAGUGGCCUUUUAUUGUCCCAAGCACAAGUUUCACCUGUGUAAUGAUCAUGCUGUUUAAUCAGCUUCUUGAUAUGCCACACCUGUCAGGUGGAUGGAUUAUCUGGGCAAAGGAGAAAUGCUCACUAACAGGGAUGUAAACAAAUUUGUGCACACAAUUUGAGAGAAAUAAGCUUGGAACAUUUCUGGGAUCUUUUAUUUUUACAUGUUACGUUUAUAUUUUUAUUCAGUAUAAUGAAGGUGUCUUAGAUUGUUUUUAAUCAUAUGUCUUUAAUCAUAUGUCCAUGUCCUUGUAUUGUUCUUCUAUUGUUACUAUUCUAUACUUCUUUAUUCUUUCUUCAAUGUGGGAAACAAACGGUAUUGUAAGAAUCAGCAUGUUUACACUAUUGCACAUCAUAUCAGAAUCAUAUCAAGAGGUUUGAAAUGGUCCCUUUACAGGUACUAAUCAGUGACACCCACCAUUCAUGAUGAUAUAAGCUUUUAGUAUUAAUGAUCAUUUGUAAGUUCAAAUGACGAAAGCGCUAUUUAAAUGCUGUGUGACAUAUGUCCUUCUAUUGUGUUGAGUUGCAGACUAAGGCAGAUAGACAGGUGGUUGUUUAAAAAACAUUGGGUAGUGGUAUGAUAGGUUUAAUUACAUUUGACAGGUAUAAUACUUUAUUACUUGUUAUAAGCGCUAUGAAUCUUUUAGUUUAUAAUUUCUUGUUAUAUAAGGCUUAAAAUAGAUUAUGUUUCUAUGAAGGACAUUUUCAAGGUACUCAUAUUGACUGUAAUUUAUUCAGGAUAAUUUUGAGAUGAUACUAACAAGACAUUAUAGAUGCUUAUGACAAGUGUUACAAUGCAUUAUAACCAUGUUAUAAUGCAUGACGAGGCUGUAUGGAAGUUGAAUUUCUUAUUGUUUCCCUCAAAGUUUGGCUUUAUUGUUAGCAAUCAAUCAAUAGAUAAUCAAUUUUAAUGAUAUCACAAUCCAUUUCUUAACUCAUGAAACCAAACACCCCUUAGUUUUAGCCUAAAAAUAUGCUUUCCCUCAUGGGUGUGGGAGUGGUGUGUUCCUCUCGGUCUGAUGAGGUCAUUUCUGGGCAAUAUUUCUUCCAUUUAGGGGAUGCUUUUUGACUCAAGAUCCCCCCUAGAGGUCAACGUUCUGUACAGCCUCUUUAAGUAAUGUGUUACAGAGAGUCUAAUGCUAUGGACGGUAUAUCAUGGUAGAGAGAGGUAGAGGUAACAGUGAUAGAGUGCCAUAGAGCAGAUGCAUGUGUGGCAGGGUUAAAAGACAUUGUGCCAAGCCAAGUAGAUUAGUCUUUCAUGGUAGGGGAAGGAGAGGUUUUCGUGCCAAAAGGGGAAUGGUUAGUUGGCUGUUGCCACGAUGUGGCAACGUGUGCCCAUUCAGCCAGACUGGCACUCGGUUCUACUCGAAUCAGGGGCACCAGUGGUGGGCAAGUUGGCAGCAGCAGCCAUUUUGGUUAUUUGUAAAACUCAGUUUCACAACAUUGUUGUGCACAAACAAUGUCUGAAGUUGGCUAAUUAACCCAAGUCCCUAUCAUCAGCUAAUGCUGUAUUGCAAGUUCUGUUCUGACCAUAUCCGAACCAUUAUAGGCCCCAGGACCAAGGGGUUGUAUCACAUAGGGUAGACCAUUGCUGGUCGUUUUAACUCAUGUGAAGUAUGUGCCACAUAUGUGCCAAAAUAGAACUGAGGAAAAAGACUGUUGUACUGUAGAGAUGUGUUUUGUUGCUUAGAGUUCUACUGUAAAUGAACUUUGUUUGCUACACUGGUGGACGUACAUGUAGCUAGUUCAACAUUGUGAGACUUUUCAGACCUUUUACUUUCCAAUAUGCUUUAUUUUGUGUCUUUGACAAAAAUGUAUGAUGUUUGUGAUCUCAUUGCAUUCUUAUAAUUUGCCAAAAGCAACAGUCACUCAAGGUACAAUUGGUUUACCCUGGGUGGGCGGAGUGUCAAUUCACUGAUCUGGUUGCCUGGUUAGCAUUGUUGUAUGGGUUUUCUGAUGGCCCAUGCCAAAUGUUUUAAGUACAAAAAACACAUCAGAACAUUCAGAACUUUGGCCAGUUUUAUAUCAAGCCAAUAACACCAUGUAGCAAACGACUUCAAAUCAGCUCACACAGUUUGAUUUUCAAAGAUAAUAUAUUUUUAUUCAAAGUGUUGUAAACAUUAUUACUACUUUGAUGCAGCUUAUUUUGCAUAAUUGCAUGUAUUUGACAGAUUCUGAACAUUUGAAUUUAGCAUUCUAAACAGUGUAUACUGUAUAUGAAAGUGGCAGCAACCAAAGUGUUUGUCCACUACUGUGACAGAUGUAGAUAUAUUGUGACGAACACGAACACCCUAUCACCGAACCCAAUAACAAUAUCACAUGUUAAGGAUAGGAUCAUUACACUACUCCUUCCAUUUCAGAAAACAUGUCCCCUUCUGCACUAUCACAAGGUCUGCGUCUUACAGGACAACGUUUCGAAGGCCAUGAGCACUAUCCCACUUCUGACACCAGUUUGAUAAACUUGGAAGUAGUGCUAAGUCCCUAGCGGGCUGUAAACUCUGAGUUUAAAGACAAGCACCCAAUCCACAAUCACAAUAGGGAUAUCCCAGUUGGGAGGGAUUGUACAAUAUAUUCCAGACAUUUAUUUCAGAGGUAAGAGCAUAAUAGUUGAGAGACAUUUAAGGCAAUAUUCCGUGACAAUACUUGUAAGAUGGAUACUUAUCUAGUUACGUUUUAAAACAAACAACGUUUCAUCAUUGUUGGACAUGGACAACCUGAAAAAUGUGAGGAAUACCGAAAACGUAUGAUUGCAGAGUCUUUGUGUGUUCACGAUUUAUUUUGAUUUUGUGUUUUUAUUAAAGCCUGUGUAAUGGCAAAACAGUACUUUAUAUGUUUCAGUUGAACACAUACGUCAACAUGGUGCAAUGAUUUACAUAGGUUAGCUCGUUUAGCUAGCCUUGGAGCUGCCUUGAGCUCGUUUGCCUGCAUACUGCUGCAUGUUAAGGACAUUGGUCAUGAAACUUCAUUAACGGUUGUGCCAGGUGUUACAUCAUCUUUACGAUAGCAUAAUGUAUACUGUAUGACAUUGCUGACUCAAAUUUACCAAGACAAGUGACACCUGUGUUCUUAUCAUUGGCGGCCAUGUUUUCCAAUAUGGAGUCUGAUGCGUUUGACAAAUGAGCUUGUGAUUCUCUUGUACUUUUCUGCCAAUGUUUAUUAAUUUGAGACUAGAAUAUACUGCAUGGUGAAACUUAUAGAAGAUACUAUGGUCUUUAUAACAAGUGUCUUUUAUUAUCAAUAUUUUGUACUCUUGCUAAUUUUAUAUAUCCACUUAACCUUGUGUUCUCUACGCUUAUAUGUUUACUAAUAGCUAGAUAUCGAAAGGCUGUAUCUUAUGUACUGUAUGCUUGUCUGUGUGUCUUUUUUUGUUACCGUAUGCGUUUGUUCGAUUUGAUUCUCAGUUACACUGUGGUUAUUUUAUAGUUAUUUUACAGUGAUCUGGAAAUUAUUUAUUUUCAUUUUGUAUUUUAUGUCAACUUGUGGCAUGACUUUCAAAUAAAAGAUGAAACCUUA